GUGUCGUCGUAGUAGUAGUCAAGCCCAUUUCUCCUCAGUCCGCACCACCACCCAAGCCAGUCGUCAUUCAGUCCAAAAAUGGCGACCACCGCGGCCGCGCUGAGCAUGAAGCUGCUGGUGGACACCAAGGCGCGGCGCGUGCUGUUCGCGGAGGUCGGCAAGGACGUCGUCGACUUCCUCUUCUCCCUCCUCGCCCUGCCCGUCGGCACCGCCGUCAAGCUUCUCGGGAAGGGCUCCAUGGUCGGGAGCGUCGGCAGCCUCUACGCCAGCGUCGAGAAGCUCGACGACACCUACGUCCAGCCCGGCGCCGCCAAGGACGCUCUCCUCCACCCCGCCGUCCUAUCCCCGGCCGUCAGCAACAAAAGCUCCCUCCUAGGCUUGCCGCAGCCGCCGUCGUCCGUCCGGGCCCAGCCGACGGCGUUCUUCGGAUGCAAUAGCAAGUGCAGGUCGCGCAACUACGACUACGACGACGACCACGUGUACGUCGUAGACGAGCGUGGUCACCGCCAGCCUUCUUGCAACGGUUGCCGUAGCUACAUGACGGACGCGAGAGGCACCGCCUGCCCGUUGUGUGGCAGCCAGAUGUCCAAGGAGCUGAAGCUCGUGCCGUCGGCGGUGUCCGGACGGCAGGAGGCGGGCGGCGUCACCGGAAAGGGGUUCGUCCAGGGCGUCGUGACGUACACGGUGAUGGACGACCUCGCCGUGGCGCCCAUGUCGUCAAUCUCCAGCAUCACCCUGCUCAACGCAUUCGGCGUCAAGGACCUCAGCGCGCUCCAGGAGAAGACCGUGCAGCUCGGCUACAACGAGGGUUUGGACAUCCUCAAGGCGUCGCUGCAGUCCAAGACCGUCCUCACCGACGUUUUCCUCAAGCCUAGCAACGUUUGAAGGCACGGCCCUGCGUCUGACAUGCUCAUCGAUCGACAUGGAAAAUGUAGGGUUAAGUAGGUUUGGUAGGUCCUUUUGUAUGAACAUGUGCAAGGGCUGGUAGCUCCAUCCAUCUGGCUAAAUUAGGUCGGCUCUUUGUGUGAGCAUCAGAACUAUCUCACCGUGGCAUCUUUUGGGUAAUGUCUAGCAUCAGCUGGUAUUAGUUAGAUGUUCUUAAAUCCAGCUUAAUUUAUCAAUAUUACUCCAGGUAGUGGUUGUACUUUGUGUUUGUAUCAUCUUUGGUUGUCAAACCGCUUCUUCAUGUGUA